AUGCACAUUACAAAACAAAUCGAAACAAUCUUAAUCUUCUUGAUAAUAAAAUGUUACUCCACGAGAUUAAACCAAAACGUAAAAUCAAAACGAAUCAUCGAUGGCAGAUUAUCACCUCCAGGUCUACACACGUUCGUGGCGAGCAUCUCCGUGCAUGAGUAUCAUCGAUGUGGAGGAACGAUCGUUUCAAAAUCGUACAUUUUAACGGCCGCUCAUUGUUGUUACGAUAAAGAUGAAAAUGUCCUGAAAGAAUCGAAAAUUACGGUGUCGUUGGGAAGCGUUUAUUGGGAAGAAGGUAAAAUUAGAAACGUUACGAAAAUUAUAAUUCAUCCGUUGUUUGAUCGAAAACUUAAAAAGAACGAUAUUUCCUUGUUAAGGAUCGAUAAAAUUCGGUUAAAAAAAAAAGAAAUCUCAACGAUUAAACUUUACCCAUCAAGAAUUGACCGUAACAUAGACGAAGAAAAUUUGUUAAAAGCUACAGUCAUUGGAUGGGGACUUUUUAAUGAUGGAUCAUCUUUAGGUGAUACUCCAUCCAAUCGAUUGCGUUAUGUCGAUGUAUAUAUUGUGCCUGAAUAUUAUUGUAAGAUGAUUUAUUACAAAUUUCAUAGCACAAAUCUUUGCGUAAGUAGUGAGGAUAUGAGAGGUUCUUGUAGUGGUGAUUCAGGUGGACCACUCGUUAUUAAACGUAGAAAUAAAUUUUAUCAGAUUGGAUUGGUUUCUUAUGGUGGUGAUUGCAAUAACACCCAACCGGAAGUUAUAAGUAGAAGAGGAGUUUUUAAAAAUCUCCAAGAUGAAAUAGACUACUUGUAUUCUGAGCAUAUUGAAACGAAUAUAUUAGCUUUGGCACAAGAAGUAGAUGAGCUGACAAACGAGGAAGUCCUUGAUGAAGAAAGUACUGAGUUUCCUAAUGUACGAGAUAUUGCCGAGUUUGUUGAGAUUGAAGCUCACGAUUUGGAAGAAAGUGAUGAAGAAGAUAAUGUACCAUUAGCAUUUCUCGCACCUGUGCAGAAGAACCGGAAAUUGGAAAAACCUAAGAACAUAAAUGUAAAUUGGAGUAAAAUGAACCCAACUUAUAAAACAUGCUGCGGCUACCACAUUUUACCAGCUGAGCGCGAUUAUUGGCCAGACGACGACGAUUUGUGA